GCCUUGUGACUUAUCCCCACAGACUGUCCUGUCCUGUCCUUUUAUGAAUCUUUUCUUAACUCUGCACCAUCUCACUCUGUCUUGUGCACGUGUCCUGGAAGGAAAAACUAUCAGUUACUGAGGGGACCACUCAUGCUGAGUGGUUUUGGUGCCAGCUGGUGCAGUCAGAAUGGGGUUGAGGAUGUCCCUGGCCUGAGCUGUCCUCUGCUCCAACGAGUUUCCCUGUCUCUCUAGAGGAUCAGAGGUGGGUCAUGGCACCCAACCAAAUGUGGCAGGGGCUGGUUUAAUCCCUGUAACCAAUCAGGUCUACUGCCAAGGGUGAGAAAUAGGUGUGGUUUAGCAGGUACAGCUGGAGUCGAUUCACUGCUCAAAGGCUGCGUGCUAGCUGAUGGAGAUGAGGGUGGAUUGUCUGAAUGCUCCCGAAACGACAUUUUACAGUGUGGAUGUCUCUGAGAUCCGGACUCAGUUUAGGUUCUGUUGGAGUCUGACAGGGACUCUGUAACUGUGUCUCCAGGCUGCCUCUCGGCUUCUUCCACAUAUUCAAAGCCUCAUGCUCUACACUCCCAGCCGUCCAUCCCGGCACCGCUGCCGGCCUUUCUCGGGCUCCUCGAGCGGUGACACCAGCUCCAUGGGCGGCAGCAGCCGGCCGGGGCCUGGGCUUGGGGAAAUCUCGGGGUGCCGUGUCCCCGGGCAGCAGCACACGACCCGUUCCCGCUGCGGGUUUUCGGAUCUGUGGCAGCGCCGGGCACAGCAGGGAGACCAGGGCUCAGAUGCGCGGCGCCACCCGACCCGUCUCGUCCCGUCUCUGUGCUCUCGCCUGUCCCACUCGCUGGGAUGCUGCAGGCAGGCAGCUGCUUUCUCCUGUGCCUGAAGAGCUUUCGCAGCCGUUCCUCAGCUCUCCGCCUACUCCGCCGUAGCCGGGCUACGCUGCAGUACAAGCAGAACCUAAACCCCGCUACCAGGGCACAGUCGCCCUGCACUCGCAGCCCGGACCAACCCCGAGCGAUGCCGGCGCAGGACGCAGCCCCGGGGCGGAGCUGGCGGCGGCGGCGGGGAGGAGCAGUGGCUGUGAGCAGAGCCCAGGUGCAGCAGGAGCCGUCAGCAGAGACCAGCGAGGGCACCGGCAUCAACAUCACCUGCUCACACCCCAACAUACAGGCCGAUUCCAUCCACUGGUACCGUCAGUUCCCGGGCCGAGGCCCCGCAUUCCUCGUCAGCGCCGUUAAAGUCUCCAAGGAGGUGCCGGACCCGGCGGGGCGGCUGUGGGUGUCGGCAGACCGCCGCUCCAGCGCCCUGUGUCUCGAUCGGCCCAGGCUCGGAGACGCGGCGGUGUAUUACUGCGCCGUGGACCCACGGGGAGGGGAGCGGGGGUUCCGGCCGGGCACGAACCGCGGCGGGCGGGACGGGGCACGGUCCCGUCCGGGGCCGCAGGGGGCGCUGCCGCUCCUCCCGCCGGGGCCGCCUCGCCCCUCCCGGCCUCGCCGGACCUGACAUUGCUGACAUAGGACACGUCCCUCGCACUGCUCGGUAUCUUCCGGUGUAAGGCUUUUCAGCUGCACACCUUCAUGAGUAGGGCAUAGAGAGGUCACAGACACCUUCAAGUGGUCCCCACAGUGGCUCUGUUUUGAGGCUACGUGAUUGAGUGAUAGCAUUCAGCCUCUGGAGGUGAGGUCUGGUUUCAGCAGAGGCCACAGGAAGCUGUGUUGCCUGUGAGGGCUACUGGCUAAUGAAGGCUGUGGAUCAAGUCCCUUCUCAGUUCAAAGAGAAUUGUAAGUAAAAAGGAAAGCAAUAAACAAAGCACAGAAUGAC